AUGAAAUUGUUGGCAUUCGAGUAUUUCUUGAGAAACAAUCCAGAUUGGAUUGGCAAAGUUGUAUUUUUAUUGAUUUGCGAACCUGGAGAUAACAAGAUUAUUUCGAGUAUCAAUGAGACUGUGGCGAGAAUCAAUGGAGAGUUCAGUCAUGUAAGUUUUAUUCCGAUUGAAUAUAUCAGCAGACACUGUGACUAUGAGGAGUUGUGCGCGCUCUACUCUGUUGCACAUGUGUUUGUCUCGACGCCACUGCGUGAUGGUAUGAACCUAGAUACUCACGACUAUGUCAGUUGUCAUCGUGAUCACAACCCAGGUAUUCUAAUCCUAAGUGAAUUCGACGGUGCUUCAAGAUGUUUCGGUGGAGCUCUAACUAUUAAUCCAUGGAGUAGAUCACAAGUUGCAAAUGCAUAUCUACAAGCAUUGACAUUAUCAAGUGAGGAGAUUCGUUUAAAACACGAAUACAAUCUUAACUAUGUCCUAACAAAUACCAGUUUUGUUUGGGGUGAAGCAUUCCUGUUUGAUUUACUUUCAUGUCAAACAAACUCUUUGAAUCAAGAUAUCGAUUCAUCGAUAUUGGAUACAAAGAAAUUAGAUCAAACCUAUAGGUUAUCAAAGAAAAGAUUUUUAAUUUUCGAUUUCGAUGUUGUAUUCUCAAGUACGACACAAGGUACUAAAAUGGCACAGAAACUAUCGAACGUUCUAAAGAGACUCUCCAAAGAUCCAGGCAAUAUCAUUUACAUCGUCACCAGUAGAGAUACAGACACCUUGGAAUCACUGUUGGAAAACAUUCCCGUUGGAUUGGGUGCUGAACACGGCAACUUUCUAAAGUCAUCGACUGGAAUGCCAGAGUUGGAUGGCUGGAAGAACUACUCGGAGGGCAGCGAUCUCUCUUGGAUAGAAACGGUAGUUCCCAUACUGGAGUACUUCUCUGAGAGAAUACCGGGAAGUGUUCUCGAUGUCCGAAAAGUCACUGUUAGUUGGUGCUACCAGGAAUGUCUGACUAAACACGCCGAGGAACAAGCACAGGAGCUGCUCACACAGCUGGUAGAGGUCGCUGCUAAAGCGCCAAUCGAGAUCAUACACUGUAAUCGCACCAUUGAGAUCAAACCGUCGGGAAUGAGCAACGGUACGGCAAUGAAGAAGAUAGUCGAUGAGAAUCCAGACACCGACUUUAUUUUGUGCAUGGGCAAUGGACACACCGAUCCAAAGCUAUUCGAUCUUCUCGACAACGAUAAUCCAAAUCACUUUGCAAUCUCCAUCGGUAGAGUAGAAUCAUUUACGAAAUACUACAUCAAUAACCAAUAUCAAGUGUUACGUAUACUCGAUCAUAUAUCAUCUCCUCUAAGUUCGAGUCCAAUUCCCAUUUUUUCUGAAGCCAUUUUUAAAUGA